AUGCUUCAGUAUUUAGGACACAUUGUGUUAGCUGCCGGAGUGGCUCCUGAUCCCUCCAAGAUUAACGUGAUUGUUGAUUGGCCUUCUUUAUCAAAUCCAAUAGCUCUGCGUGGUUUUCUUGGUCUUACUUGUUUCUACAAACGCUUUAUUAAAGACUAUGCUAACCUUAUGGCCCUACUUACUACACUUCUAUGGAAGAACCAACUCAAUUGGAUCCCUGAGUCACAACAGACGUUUGACAAAUUGAAUUUUGUCAUGACUCACACCCCUGUCCUAGUUUUGCUGGAUUUUUCUAUCCCAUUCAUACUCGAAAUGGAUGCCUCGAGUUAUGCUAUGGGCGUUGUGCUCGUCCAAAGACACCGCUUAUUUUAG